AUGCACAAUGCGUUACAGGCUCCUCUCACGAACACUAUCGGCGACUUCUGGCGGAUGGUGGUGCAAUGUCAAAGUCCCAGUAUCGUGAAUUUGACUCAGGAUAUUGAAAACGAAAAUCUGAAAUGUGUGAUGUAUUGGCCACAGCAUGCUGGAAGUUUUAAUACGUAUGAUAAAAUCUUCGUCAAUACAAAAAGGGUGGAACAUCAAGAGAAUUUCGUUAUAUAUACCAUUGAGGCUUUACCAGAAGGUUGCUCUAAUUCACAUAUCGUAAAACUGAUACACAUGCCAACUUGGCCGGAUAAAGGAAUGCCUCCAAGUGGACGACAUGUUUUACGACUAAUAAAAAGAAUUGUGGAGCACAAGAGUGAACUCGGUCCAAUUAUCGUUCAUUGUUCAGCUGGUGUAGGCCGGUCAGCUUGUAUUGUAUUGAUUGAUGUGAUAUUGCGAUAUCUCUUCAAUGGAGAGCACGUAGAGGCCAAAUGUCCCUCAGCAUAUAAAGAAAAAACGCAGAAGUUUAUAGAUGAUUUCAAGAGCCACGCAAUGCGCGUGGGAGCGUGA